CUGGACGUUCCUCUCCCGAGUGCGUUGAUAACGUUCUCGCCACAAUCAGUAGCAUCCCGACGUUCGGUUGAGUCAGGUCAACGCGUUUCUGUACGAUGUUUCGCGCUAGGCUUUCGGUGUGUGCAGUGUUCACAUUCGUAUUACCAUUGCUCGUUGUCCUCGUACAAGGACAGCGUUCGAUGAAGGGUAAGGCAUGUAUCCUCAUGACUGGAGAACCCGGACGAUGUAUCCGGCUGGAGGAUUGCACUGCGAUCGCUGCGCUUGUGAACCGAUCUGUGCGAUACCCGUCGGAUUCGGAAAAGAUAAGAGCUGUGUUUGGUGCCUGCGAAAGUGACGAGAGUGCUUCGGAUCCGAUCGUUUGUUGUAAGACGCCAACGUUAUCACCAACGAGAAGAAGGGUUGUUACAUCAACUGCCGCUUCUAUUCCUAUCACCAGAACCCGGCCUACACGUGCACGAGCUACUACGAUCAGCACAACGACCGUUCGAACACGACCUGUUAUCAAAUACGAUAACUUUAGAGAGGUUCUACCGCCGUAUUGUGGUAUAAAGAAUCAACUCGGUAACAACGUCUAUUUUGGUGCAGAAGACAAUGAUAACGUUCACUCGUGGGCAGUUUAUUUGGAGAUUCGUAAACCCAACAGUAACAGACCAGGACGAUGUGUGGGAACAUUCAUUCAGGAAAAUUUCGUUUUGACGGCAGCCCAUUGUUUACACAACUUGGCCAAAGAAAAUGUCAAGCUGUUUUUCGGCGUCACAAAGCUUAGUAAACUGGAGCAAUGUUUGAUCAUGAAUGAAUGUGAGGAACGUGCAGCAGCGGAAGUUAUUAUUCAUGAAAACUACAAUUUUCACGCCCGCACGAACGACAUUGCACUAAUCAGAUUAAAUAAUUCGAUAGACAUUAUGGGAGAAAUAGCACCAGCCUGUUUGCCGCUGAAUUACACGUUCGACGAGAGUUUAGCAAACGAUAGACGAGUCGUUUCGUUCGGUUGGGGUGAAAACGAACAUGGAACUAUGAGUGAUACAAAGGGUAUCGUAAUGCUGAAUGUGGUCCCGCAGGCUGAAUGUGAGGAUUACCUAAAGAGGCAGAAACGGUUUAAUGCAAGUAUGAUCUAUAGUGUCAUGUGUACGAACAGUGAGAUUGCGGGUCAGGACGUAUGCGAGGGUGACUCCGGAGCACCGAUGCUGCAACUUCGUGAAAAACAAUACUUUGUGGUCGGAGUGGUUAGUUUUGGCCCCAAGUGUGGCGCGAAUAUUGCCCCAGGUAUUUCUUUGAGGGUGUCUGAGUACAUAGGUUGGAUACUUCUCAACAUGAAGCGCUCCGAAUUGUUAGCAGAGAACUAAGAAUAAUACUCAUUAGUCACUUUUUAUAAAAUUUAAAAUUAUACAUGUGUAACCAACAUUGCCGUUCUAGCGAGAAUGAAGUAAUUAUGCUAUAUAGCUUACUGAUUGUCAUCUAGCUUAGAUUUAGAUAUACGCGGUAUGACAUGGGUCGUUCUAGCGCCAAAACACUUAGCUUAGUUUUCCCUUUUUUUUCUAAUUGCACAAAAAUUAUGUUAAUUUUCCAUAACACAACAAACUGAUAUUGAAAUAAACAUUAAUUUUCAUGUUGCAACAAUCAAAACAACAUGGUGUGAUUUA